CAGCGGCAGAAGCGAACAAGAACUGUUUUUUUUGAGCGUUGUGCACACUGGCUACAUGCUGCCCCUUUCUUCUCCCUCUUUCCGUCGCAUGCCAAUUGCAUCUAUUUGACGACCGACAUCCUCGUAUCCAUGUGCGAGGCGGUACCAGGACGAUCGUUUAGCAUUUGGCUAGUUCUCCAACAGUGCUCUCCUCUCCUCUCAAACCCAUCCGCUCUGCAGCAUGCUUCGGUCUCCAGUAGGGACUACCCCUAGGGCUUUAAAAUACUUUACAAGAUGCAAUUCCCCUCAUUUCUCAAGCAUACCGGCUUUUGUAUCCACCACGAUGAUCCACAAGGGUCCUUCGGCCUCAAGAUCACAGGCAACCGCUGCGACAGCUUGUGCGCCAACCUCAAAACCGUACUCGUUCGAAUCCACAACACGGCAACCUCGAGAAAGUCCCAGUCUGGCCUUCAAUACCACUCAACUAAAAGCGAAUCCUCUCCAUCUAGCGCGAAGUGGCCAACAGCAAGAACUGGAUGAGUCAUUCAUUGGCAAGACUGGAGGAGAAAUAUUCCACGAGAUGAUGUUAAGGCAUGGAGUCAAACACAUCUUCGGUUAUCCAGGUGGUGCUAUUCUCCCCGUAUUCGAUGCUGUCUACAACUCAAAACACUUCGACUUUAUUCUUCCCAAACACGAGCAAGGCGGUGGGCACAUGGCAGAGGGCUAUGCACGAGCAAGCGGCAAACCUGGCGUUGUUCUCGUCACCUCAGGACCGGGUGCGACCAAUGUUAUCACCCCAAUUCAAGACGCAUACUCCGAUGGAACUCCGUUGAUCGUGUUCUGUGGUCAGGUUGUCACCUCUGCCCUUGGUAGUGACGCUUUUCAAGAGGCAGAUAUGCUCGGAAUUUCAAGCGCAUGCACAAAGUGGAAUGUCAUGGUGAAGAAUGUCGCUGAGCUCCCCAGGCGGAUAAACGAAGCUUUUCAGAUUGCAACAUCAGGACGGCCAGGACCAGUCCUGGUAGAUCUACCUAAGGAUGUUACUGCAGGAGUCCUACGAAAGGGUGUUCCCAUGAGCUCUAGCAUCCCCUUCUCACCCGGUCAGGCAUCAAGGGCCGCCCAAGAGACUGUAAAGAAGGAGCUCAAUGCCGUCAUCGGGCGUGUAGCUCGCUUAAUAAAUAUGGCGAAGAGGCCCGUCAUCUAUGCCGGCCAGGGUGUUGUUUCUCGGCCAGAAGGCCCUAAAUUUCUUAAGGAGCUUGCUGACAAAGCCGCGAUACCGGUGACUACAACUCUCCAAGGCCUUGGUGGAUUUGACGAGCUCGACGAGAAAGCUUUGCACAUGCUCGGCAUGCACGGCUCAGCAUAUGCUAACCUAGCCAUACAAAACGCCGAUCUUAUCAUUGCUCUUGGGGCCCGUUUCGACGAUCGUGUCACUCUUUCUAUACCAAAAUUCGCGCCACAAGCGAAGCUCGCAGCCAGCGAAGGCCGUGGAGGCAUUGUUCACUUUGAAAUCAUGCCGAAGAACAUCAACAAAGUUGUCCAGGCUACUGAGGCCGUUGUAGGAGAUGUCGUAGAAAACCUGGCAAUCUUGAACCCUCUCGUACAGGACCAAAGCAUGGCCGAGCGGAAAGAAUGGUUCGGUCUGAUCAACUGUUGGAAGGAGAAGUUUCCUCUCUCAGCGUAUGAGAAGUCGGAGAGGGCAGAUCUCAUCAAGCCUCAGGCUCUCAUUGAGGAGCUCUCGAAUUUGACCGCACACCGAAAACAUGAUACCAUUAUCUCAACUGGUGUCGGCCAACAUCAGAUGUGGACUGCCCAACACUUCCGAUGGCGACACCCACGAACGAUGAUCACUUCAGGUGGACUUGGGACUAUGGGGUAUGGUCUCCCUGCGGCUAUUGGGGCGAAGGUUGCACGACCAGAUGCUCUUGUCAUUGAUAUCGACGGUGAUGCGUCAUUCAACAUGACUUUGACCGAGAUGUCAACCGCCAAGCAGUUUAAUAUUGGCGUGAAGAUGAUAGUUUUGAACAACGAGGAGCACGGUAUGGUCGCUCAAUGGCAAAAUAUGUUCUACGAGGAUAGGUAUUCGCAUACACACUCUGAGAAUCCCGAUUUCAUCAAGCUGGCAGAGGCGAUGAGAAUUCAGGCUAGAAGGGUAACUAAACCAGAUGAGGUUAGAGAUGCACUUCAAUGGUUGAUUGAGAGUGAUGGACCGGCAUUCUUGGAAGUUGUGACGGAUAAGAAGGUUCCUCUUCUACCCAUGGUGCCUGCUGGAUCUGGUUUACAUGAGUUCGUUGUUUACGAUGAAGCCGGGGACAAGUCACGCCGAAAGCUCAUGGCGGAACGAACCAAUGGUGUACAUGGAGGCGACUGAAACUGGGGAAACGACCUAAGGACCUCCCGGGCGAAAGGGUCGUGAUAUUUGCUGCGCUUUUCGAAGUUGUGCAAGCAGUGUCGUGUCGCCUGCCCCAGCUUCUUGAAGACUUCGUCAUCCGGGGAGAAAGUUUCUAACUCCCGCUUGGUGAGCUCGGGGGGUAUUUGGAAAGUGGUAACGACGCUGAGUUGGG